AUGGUCUGCGCAAAAUGUCAAAAGAAGCUGAAGAAAACCGACCUCGUCACCCCGGGCGUCAAACGCAAGAGCGAGAUGUACUACGGCUCGCCCUCGACCUCGCUGGGCGGCGGCGGCGAUGCAAAGUCCAAGGCUACGCUAGGGAAUACAGGAAUCAGCAAGGCAAGUCAUUACUCUGAUUCCAAGGCGAAGAAUCCGUACGCGGCAUACUCGUCUUCAUGCGAGAGCUGCAAAACCAAGACAGAGCAGGGGAUGAAGUUUUGUCAGCGCUGUGCUUAUCAAAAGCACUCUUGUCCUAUGUGUGGGAAGAGUCUCACGGGCAAGUCGGCCAAGGAUCAGCCGAUUGUCCAGGCUCAGAAGUUUGGGUUGAAAUGA